UUAUUGACGGAGCCGCCGCUGAAAUCCGCCAUCGACGUGUUCAAUACUGUUUGAAAUUGGCAUGUCCCGCUUUGUCUUGAUUCUUGGUUAUCUUAUCCGCUCCCAGCCAGCAGCCAGCAAUCAUUGGUCAUUUCAUCCUCCAGGCAUCUCCAUUGCUGCCCAUUCCCCCCUAAACUAAUCUCUAGAUCUAUGUUGCUUGCUUGAUUGCUGCUCCACGCCCUCCUUCAGUUGGCUGUCUCAUACGGCCGCUCCGCUCUCGGUUUGCUGUAUUUCUCCAGCUCUCUUUGCGUCUAGAUUUCUGUUAGUGCAGAUUUGUUGUAGCCACUGCUACCAGCGCUACAGGUAAUACACCAGAGAGCACCGGUCUCGCUGAUCUGAACAUAGCUGCGUAUUUUGUAUUUCUGCCAGUGAAGUUUCAGAUGUGUUUUGCGGUUUCUGAGCGUCGAAUUUCUCUAUGAAUUGGUGCUAAGCCGUACCUCUGUUUAUCCAUUUUGGGGAUGUGGUAGAGGAGUAGUUUUUUUUCGAAAAGGAUGUGGUAGAGGAGUAGUACCUUUGAACAAUAGGCCGACUCGCAUCAUUGUGUGCAGUCAUGGGGCUUUGUACUUGAGUAGUUUGAGAUCCUGAGUCAUCCCAAUUUGCAUUGGUACAUGCUACAGCUACAACUACAUCAUCUAAAACCACGCUGGAGAAGAAUCCAUUGCCGGUUUACCCUUAAAUGGAGAACAAUCUACCAGUCAACAUUCGUGAGUAUCAAGAACUGGCCAAAAAAGCACUGUCAAAGAUGCACUAUGAUUACAUCAACGGAGGAGCGGAGGAUGAACACACAUUGAGGGACAAUAUCGCGGCAUAUGGAAGAAUUUUGUUACGACCUCGGGUUCUUGUAGAUGUCAGCAACAUAGACAUGUCGACAAGCUUGUUGGGAUAUAACAUGCCCUCUCCCAUAAUUGUUGCACCAACGGGGUCACACAAAGUAGCAAACCCAGAAGGGGAGGUGGCUACAGCAAAAGCUGCAGCAUCAUGUAAUAGCCUAAUGGUGCUAUCCUUCUCAUCCAAUUGCAGAAUCGAGGAGGUUGCCGCCAGUUGUGAUGCGAUUCGUUUUUAUCAGUUAUAUGUGUUUAAGAAGAGAGCUGUUUCAGCAACAUUGGUACGGCGGGCGGAGAGCAGUGGAUUCAAGGCAAUUGUUUUGACAGUUGAUAAUCCAAUGCUCGGUCGUCGUGAACGUGAUAUUAGAAAUAAGAUGGUUGCUCCUGACAAGCCAAACCUCGAAGGUUUAAUUUCAUUGGAGAAUCUUGAUACUACAGACGGCUCGCAGCUUGCGAAAUACGUGCGGGAUACGAUGGAUCCAUCCUUAUCAUGGAAGGAUGUGGAGUGGCUGAAAUCCAUAACCAGCCUGCCGAUUCUAGUGAAGGGCAUCCUCACGGCUGAGGACGCUAGAAAAGCAGUGGAGGCUGGGGCGGCCGGUGUGAUCGUCUCCAACCACGGCGGUCGGCAGCUUGACUAUGCGCCUGCCACCAUAUCCGUGCUCGAAGAGGUAGUAAAGGCGGUGGCGGGGGCGGUGCCGGUGCUGGUGGACGGUGGAAUCCAGCGGGGGACCGACGUGCUCAAGGCGCUGGCGCUCGGUGCCCGGGCAGUCAUGGUGGGGAGGCCGGUGAUGUACGGGCUGGCGGCGCGGGGCGAGGCCGGGGCCAAGCACGUGAUCGAGAUGCUGAACCGGGAGCUGGAGCUGGCCAUGACGCUCUGCGGCUGCCGGAGCGUCGCCGAGAUCACCCGGGACCGUGUCCAGACCGAGGGCGACCGGAUGAGGUCGCUGCUGUGAGCCAUUCGUGCGUGCUGGUAUGUGGCAAGGGCGAGUUGUUACCUCCCAGACGUGCCCUUUGUAUUCGCGCUUGAAAAAUAAGGAGCUUGGUGAAUCCCGGCUAUGCCAUUUCUCAUUGGAUACACCUCACACCAGUGGGGACGAACGAGUGUGAGGUUUUGUAGUAGUAGUAGAACUAAAACAUGAGAUGAUUUAUUUAUGUUUGAUCCACUGGA